UGUCAUUGAAAUAUUCCAUACCAACGAUUACUUUUGUGAUACUUAUUCUAUGUGGAUAUCUUAAUUACAAUAAGACUCUUAUGACAAUGAAAGAUUUUUAUGCUGCUUUUUGGUUGCCAAUACUGUAUUUUCUAUGUGUUUCUGCAGUCGUGUAUUCUUCUACAUGGACUUACUGCACUUGGAAAGAAUGCUGUUCAUCUUCAUGGAUACCGAGAAAUUUGACAGGGUUAUCAUUUGCCCUCAACCAAAACCUGUAUGGGCAACAUCUUGUCAUUGGACCAACAGUUAAACACUUGAGAGGACAUGUAAAAACGCACCCCAAAAGGCCUCUUGUGCUCUCGUUUCACGGGCUGCCGGGUACAGGAAAAAAUUUCGUUAGCACCAUGAUCGCUGAGCAUAUGUACGCAAAAGGGAUGUCAAGUCAGUAUGUACAUUACUUCUCGGCAACGAAGGACUUUAUUCAUCAGAGUAAACUGGAAGAGUAUCAGAACACCAUAAAGAAACAUAUCGUAGAAGCCGUGCGAGCAUGCCCUGAAUCUCUCUUCAUUUUUGAUGAGAUGGACAAAAUGCCAAGUGGAAUCAUUGAUAUCGUGAAACCGUACAUUGAUUAUAACCAACCUGUUGAAGGGACCGAUUACAGGCACUCAGUAUUUCUAUUUUUAAGCAACAUGGGAGGUAAUCAAAUAACAAAUUCCUUGCUUGAACACAUGCAAAAUGGAAAAGAGCGAUAUACCUUGAACUUCCGCGACUUAGAGGAAAUUGUGCGCCUCCCGAGCUUUAACCUUGAAAACGCCUUGAAGAACAGCGAUUUGGUGAGGAGCAAUCUUAUUUCUGCGUAUAUCCCUUUUCUUCCUCUUGAGAGAAGACACGUGAAAAAAUGCAUCAUUGACGGAUUGUUUGCUAAGGGGUAUUACAAAUAUGGCUUUCAAAUCGACCGGGAUGUUGUGAGGCAAAUUGCCGACGAGUUGAUCUACUUUCCAAAGGAUACGCAGCUGUUUUCAAUUACAGGAUGCAAAAGGGUAUAUGAAAAGAUCGAUCUCAUUAUGCAACAGGAUUAACAGUGCAUGCAUGGCAUGGAGUUGGUAAAAGAUGAGAUUGUCUCAUGUAACAUAGGCAAGGACCAAAAUGUUUCAUCAAAAUAGGGUACAACAUUUCUAUAACAAAGUAUUUUAUAGCAUGAACGUAUGAUAUUGAGCACCUACUUUUAACAGAG